UGUAUCGGUGGGCGGGUGGGUGGACAUGGUCUGCAUUGACUGACUGACUGACAGAUACUCAUACUGGCAUUUUGCCUGUCUUUUCAAUCAUUUUGUCGUCCCUCAAUCGCAUCCACACACACGUCAAAAGUCUCGUGUCACUGUCACACGAUCCAUGCACAAGGACACUCACACGCAAGCCCCCUACUUCUUCCUCCUUGGCCGUCUCGCAUUGGCCCUUCUCUUCCUGCCGGUCCCUUUGCCCCCUCCUGCAGAUGGUGCCCCGCCCCCACCAUCAGCCGUCACCAGCUCAAACAUGCUGUCGCCUCCCCCGCCCUUGCUGGCCGCCUGCUGCUGCUUUUGGCCCUUGGUCAUCUCAGCGAGCAUUUUCCUGCUCUGCUCCUCGAUCAGCCGCUUCUCGGCCGCCUCCUUCUCCGCCCUCUCCCUCAUCAAAGCGCCCAUUCUCUCUUCCAGAAGACGUGCCUGCUGGGGAUUGUAGCCGAACAAUGCGUCGACAUAGUUCUCGGCAUCGAAGUCUCGGAGGUCCUCCAGCUUCUCCCCCACACCCACGAGCUUGACGGGCAGGUUCAGGUCCCGAACCACCGACACGACAAAGCCCGCGCGAGCAGUGCCGUCGAGUUUGGUGACCACCAGGCCGGUCACCCCGAUGUCCUCCUGCCAUAUGCGGGCCUGCUCCACCGCAUUGCGGCCGAUGGACGCGUCAACCACCAGGAGGAUCUCUGCGGGGGCGGCAGGGAGUCUCUUGGACGUCACUUUGACCAUCUUCUCGAGCUCCUCAUUCAGAUCGACGUUGUUGGCCAGCCGGCCGGCGGUGUCGACAAUCAUAACGUCGUAAGGCAGCCUGCCGGACUCGUCUGGGAGAGGAGUCAGCGCCUCGUCCAGGGCGGCCUCGACCACCUUCCAUGGCUCCGUUUCCCCCUCCUGCGGCCUGUGGAUGUCCACUUGGGCGCGGUUGGCCCACUCCUCCAGCUGGUCGACUGCUGCUGCGCGAAAGGUGUCGCAGGCGGCGACGAGCACACGCUUGCCCUCACCCCGCAGCCGAGCCGCCAGCUUGCCGAUGGUGGUGGUCUUGCCCAUCCCGUUGGCACCCAUGACCAUCCACACAGUCAGCCCGUCAGGGCUGUACCGGAGCGCACUUGGCGACUCGGUGGUCUCGCCCUUGUCUGUCCCCAUGCGCAGCACCUCCAGUAUCUUGCCUCGCAGGACCAUCUUGAUGUCUUCAGGGUCGAUCUUCUCGCCCCUCGCCGUCGCCCGCAGAUCGGUCAGGAUGUCGGCUGUGGUGGCCGUGCCGAUAUCUGCUGACAACAGGAUCUCCUCGAGCUGCUCGAGCGCCUCCUCCAACUCGAGGUUUACCAUCCCGAAGAGGCCGGAGAGGCUCGCCAGCAGCCGGUCUCGCGACUUGCUGAGCCCCUCUUGGAACUUCUGCAGGUUCUCGCCCACCUUGGAAAGCUUGUCAAUGUCCUCCUGGGCCUUGCGCUGGAUGAAGUCGAGAAUCAUCGAUGGCUGGUGGUGGGUCGGCCGCCGGGCGUAAGGGCGGGUGGCACGCCGUCGUGGCAAUGGGUUGUGCCGGGUGUGCCAUCCGCGAUAUGAGGGCAGCGGGGCGAUGAAAGAUGGAAGGUGGGAUGAAAGGGUGUAGAGGGAGCUCACUGCUGAUAUGGCUGAUGCCACUGCUGCUGUCCAGAGGAGGAGCAGGACGCUCGAGAAAGGCAGCAUCGCCAUGGGAUGCUGUCGAAUGCACAUGCUGCGAACGAAACUAUACCACCAAAUCGCUGUUUCACCUCUUGCUGCUCACAGCGCUCUCUUCAUAUGCAGUCCAGCGACGUCUGCUGAAGCUUUUGCAGAUCUGCC